UCAAUUGUGUCAAAAGCUGCAGACAGAUCCAAAAGCGUUAAAAGACGGAUGUUUUUGCUAUCAACAGAAUCCAAUAAAUCAGACGUUACUUUUAAAAGCGCAGUUUCGGUACUAUGAUGAGUUUUAUAGGCAGAUUGGUAAAUUUCCUCAAGACCAUUUUUUCUCAUGAGAGCCAAAACCUGACUUAAAACAAUCUUCUUUACAAUUUUUGAGACAAAAUUUAUGAUUUGAAUGUGAAUGUGAUCAGGACCAAAAUAUCAUGAUUAAAUGGCGCACUUCCAAAAAAUACAAAUGUUUAUCUUUUUGUUUUUGUUUUGGGUUUUCUAUUGUUCUCCUUUCUUGCCAUCAGUACUUUCAGAAAAAUACUUGCAAAAUGGCACAUAAGGCUUAUUAUUAUUUAAUGCUGCUGCAUUCUGUGGCACCUGGUGAUUUAGACAAAGCUAUGCAGGCCGACUAUGUCAUACCUUAUGGAAUCUCACUCCUGUCAUAGAUAGUAUUCAAGAGCUGCAAUGUUAUUUCAGUACUUCAAUUGAAACAGGCCUGUUUUCUUGCUCAGUAUAUAUUAUUUAUGCAGCUUUCCCUUGUUUCAUUUGUUAAUGACAGCUUGUAAUCUUCUUUCAGAACUGGUGGUCCAUCUAUUAUAUACUUUUACAGAUUUUUAUCCUCUGUUAUCUGUAAAAUGUUUUUCAAUAUUAUGUUCUGAUAUUCUUUAUCUGUUUAAAAUAAAUAAUAUGUCGCUUUUGUCCAUUAAAACAUUUCCUCUUUUGAUCUUAUGCAGCCCGUGUUUGACCAUCCAAAGAAUAAAACACCAUGGGAAACACAGUGGCUCAAGAUACCCCAAGCACCAACACGAAACAGCCCACAGUAUGCCAUGAACAACGACAUUCAUUAGGCCACGGUAGCCCUGAACAACGACAUUAAUUAGGCCACGGUAGCCCUGAACAACGACAUUAAUUAGGCCACGGUAGCCCUGAGCAAUGACAUUAAACAGCAAAGUGUAGCCACAGACCAAUGUAGCCCCGAUGAACGACGUGAAAAGCUGUUCUUGUCUUGAAUAUCUAUGUGAAAAAUCCUUUUGUAACAUUGGAUAACGACGUCAAACAGUCCACUGUAGUCACAAGUAGCGCCGUAGCAAAGGCCACAUCAGCCCCGUGCAGUGACAAAGUAGAAGCCAUUGUAGCCACAAGUAGCGACUUGACCCAAGUCACUGGGCCUACGCGUUGCAAAAUGGCACAGACCACUGUAGCUUCGGGCAGCGACAAGGCACAAACCACUGCCACAGUUACUGAUAUGAUUGACUUCACAGGAACUCAUGAAGUGGAGGAGAAUUGUGCUGAAGCCGGCGGCCCCCUCUCUCUCAACGCAUGCUCAAAGAACCCCGGACAUCCCCAGUUCAUACCCGUGGAUGAGUUCAGUGAGGACCACGUGAGAUCGGUGAUACAUAAAGAUGAGCACUGGCCUGUGGAGCUGGUAACGGACUUAGUCAGAUGUUGUCAGAACUUAGUCGUCAGGAUUAAUGCGCCCUUCGUCAGCAAAGAUAGGCCAGAUGGCUACCCGUUUGCUCGAUACAGAGGAACACGCACAGAUAAAGUUGGCAGUGGCUUUGUAUCGCACUCGGUCGAAGCGUUAGCAAAGCCUUGUGGUUGCUGGGAAUGUAAACAGGAGAAACCGGAUGCCAAGGAAAACAAGGACAAGUGGUACAGCAUUAUAGAUUUUAAAGUGGAGACUGCACGUCACGUGGUUUUUGACGACGCUGAAGCCAGUCAGUGUGAAGUCGUGUUCUUCGAUAAUCAGCCUUCCGGCACUGGCCGUUUCACACUGGCUGGGGGCUGGCAGGUAGACAAAAACCAUACAAAGAACGAUUACUGUGUACUGUAUCGGACUACCCAUCUUGUGGAUCAAGGUAAAAGACUGUUGAAUUUCUAUAAGACGUACGAAGAUUUACGCUUUCGAGACCAUAGGGAGACAAACUUGUCUCGUUCGCCUCGGAUCCCGGCUGCUGUCAUCUCCCACCCACACGGACGGAUGAAGUACAUUACUCUCGGCCACAUUGACGCUCUACACGGGACGGGGGAAGAAAAAGACAGGCGUCUCCUCUACACCGUGCCUACAUGUCCCGGCAGUAGCGGGGGCAUGGUCCUACGCCUGGAUUAUUGGAACAGUAUUUGGUCCCAGGCCAAACCUCACUGUUCAGCACGACCCAAGUUAGGUAAUCAGGGCUUUAGCGUUGUGCCAAGUGGGGAUUUUGCACAGCCAAUGCCAGCUUUAUAUAAAAAACCCGUUGACAGACUUUAGAGUUCUCUACGUUGUCCCCUGUCUUUCCAUGUUAUUUAAUUUAGUUGUACCAUCUUUUUCCCCACGUCUAUUCUGUUUCUCACAUCCAUGUUCCAUCCCCUAUUUUCGUUGAUUCUCAGUAUUUGAAGUCUCUGACAUUUUUUUUAGCUGUGUUCCAUUUAUUUUUUAAAAUCUGUUAGAGGCUUUGAUUUCCAGUUUCUGUAUUGUACAUGACUUUGGUGGUCUUUUUGGCAUUUAGUUUCAGAUCUUUCUCCGUUGCCAGCAGCAUCUGCUCGAUGUAAGAUAUUUGUCAUGCUCGAUACACUGUCAGCUAUACGGGCUGUGUCGUUGUCAUGUGUCUUAGAUUAGUUAUUGCUUCUGACUCUAAAAUUGACUUCCAUGUCAUCUAUCUCAGAUUCUCUCACAAUUUAAUCUUUGUAUAUCAUGUUGAAAAAAAAAUGGGAUGAGAGAAUAAAUAGCAUUGUUAACACCUUUAAAAAUUAUAUAUAUAUUUACUGUGUUAAUAAUUCCGUCUUGUAGUUACGUUUUGGUUCAUACAUUUUGUUUCAAGAGAAAAAAAAAGAUAUUAAAAGUAUCACCAUUAAAAUAUUGGUCAGAGUAAGGAAAAGAGGUUCUGAUCUCUUAAAUCUGACUGAAUAAAUAAAGGCGUAAAGAAAACACAAA